ACAACCACAGAUCCUUGUACACGAGCACCUUCACUUCAUGUUACCAACCAGUCAGGGAUCGAAUCAAGCGGGAGAUAUUUAGAUGGACGGUCCAUUGCCCGGCCGCAUGACCUGCAGAAGGAAACGGUCGACUGCUUGGGCCCCCCUGCCCUUGCUCCUUGCCCCUCUAUUUUCCACAGUGGCCCGCUCCCAAGCUUUGUUUACAUCGACUGCCUUCGUCAGACCUCUGGUACCUGUGUCUCCAUCCAUGUUUCGUAUCUUAUUGCGGCGGCAGCACGACGUGACGACGCACAUUUUCCCCUCCCUUCAUCAUCAACGACAUCGCCUCCUCCCUCCAGCCUCGGUGGUCAGACUCGCCACAGCCCAGUCCACCACCUCCACGACCAGCACGCGUCGAAAAUCCACAACAUCAUCCAAGGCAGGGAGCAAAGCCAAAACUUCGGCCGGAGCAAGGAAGAAAAAAGUAAACGGGGGCAAAUCCCGCUCGGCGGAAGGCACUGGGGACGAGCCGGGGCUCUCAUCGGGCACAAACCUGAUCAUCGUGGAGUCCGCGACCAAAGCCAACACCAUCAAGCGCUUCCUCACGGGGGGGAAGGGUGGAGACAAGUGGGAAGUGGAUUUUUGCAUGGGCCACGUCCGAGAGCUUCCACGCACUUUGGCCGAUAUGCCUCCCACGGCGAAGAAGGAGAAGAGUAAGGUCCUGGGUGUCAAGAUCGAUCAGGACUACGAACCCGUCUGGAUCGUCCUGCCCGGGCGCGAGUCCGUGGUCAGCCGACUCAAAGAGAAAGCCAAGACGUGCUCGGCCCUGUACCUGGCCACCGACGAAGACCGAGAAGGGGAAGCGAUCUCCUGGCACCUGCUUGACCUCCUCCAGCCCCGCGUCCCGGUCCACCGGGUCAUCUUCCACGAGAUCACGCCCACCGCGGUCGGGGCGGGUCUGGCCUCC